UGAUAUGGAAUGUACAAACUACCCUGGAUUCAUGACAAAGUUUCGUGGGGCUACACAAACUUCAGACUCUGCCACAGACCAUGUAGAUUAUGAAAACUACAGGCAUGUUUGUCAUAAAUGGCAUUUUAAAAUCACCAAGGCUUUGGUGAUAUGUCUGGAGUCUGGUGACUAUAUUCAAAUAAGAAAUAGUUUGAUUAUAUUGACUAAGAUCUUGCCAUAUUUCCCUAUCAUUACCAAUCUUGGUUUAGCUUUAGAACGUAGAAUUGAAAAAAUUCGUGAAGAUGAAAAGGAAAAAAGACCUGAUCUCUAUGCCAUUGCUACAGGCUAUUCAGGACAGCUGAAAGCCAAGAAAAACAGCCUAAUUCUAGAACAUGAAUUUCAUCUUAUGGAACAUAAAGAUGGGGGAAGGACAUCACUUAAAAACGAAACUGCCGUAAAGACACUUGGACCAACUUACGUGAAGGAUAAGGAUCUCUUGAAGUCUGAAGUAGUUCAGGAUAAAGAUCUUUUGAGGUCAGAUCUCUCCAAAACCCAAGUGUUAUCCCGAAGUACCACAGGUAGUCCAACAGGAAAUAAGAAAGAUUCAGAAAGAGUUCAAAUGAGAGAAGGUUUUAAUCAAGACGCUUGUGUAGGAAAAGAAGGGAAAAAAGUAAUGUUAAAUGUCCAGACUUCAAAAGGAAAGGAUGAAAAAAGAAUCUCUUCUAAAAACAUGGGGAAAGUUGAGAGUGAGGAUACUUCAGAGUCUGUUAGUAAGAGAGACAAGAAGGAUGACAGUGAAUUCCAGCCUAGAGAGAAUAAAAGAAUUUCUCCUGGAAGUUACGCCACACGUCGAACUGUAGAUUCUACUGAAAGUGACAGAGAUAACAAGAGGCGGCGGGUGGACAAUUCUCAUUCAAAGAGUCCAAAACUGGAUGAUAGAUUACGAGACCAGGGUGAAUCAGAUACAGAUAUGUGUGAGAAAGACCGUAGUAGUAGCAGGGAAAGAUCUGGAGGGGAAAAAUCACAAUAUCAGGAAGAUUGGCAACCGGAAAACCCCUACUCAAAAAGCAAGGACAAAAAAGGGCAUAGAAAACGACAUGAACAAACAGAAGAUCAGGGAGCUGAAGUAAAACGUCGAAAGGAAGAUGACUCUGGAAAACAAAAUGGUGAAUUUGAAGUUAAAGAGAAACAAAAAAAGAAUGAUAAUUCACAACCGACAAAUGAAAAAACAAAGGAUCGAAAAUCUGAACGAGAAGAAAGGAAACACCAUCGUAGCUCUUCUGGAUCACAGAAAAAAAGAACAUGAAGACUGUGGAUGUUAUGGUUGCAUCAGAAGUUUUAACUAGCACUAUCUUUGUCCAUUUUUUUUAUCAAUAAAGAUUUUCAAUAUAA